AUUAAAGAACCGCUAGUUCGCAGCAAUUGAAAGUGACAUCAGUGGCUUAUGAACAACUCUUCAAGAACUUCUAAUAGUUUUUUCAAUUUUUCUUCAAACAAGAUACUUAAAAAUCGAUUAUUCAUUAUUUAAAAAUUAUAAAGUUCAAUAAAAAAAAAAGAGAAUAUAAAAAAAUGUUCAAUAAUUGCAGUGAUUCAGCUAUUACUGAAGAUUUAAGUUCAGAAAAGGAAGAGGAUGAAGCAAAAUGUGAAACUACAAAAUGAAUUUUCUGUCUAUAACAUUAAUGAAUCAAAUUACGGAUACGAAAAAGAAAAAAAAAUUGGAUUAAGUGGAUUCCCUCUAGGUUUUCGAAAUUCGCAACUACUACAUGGAAUGUGAAUUACGAAAUUGCCUAUCACAGCAAUGAGAGCAUGCAUUUAAGUCAAGGAAAACAUAAGUCACUAUUUUAUUACAUUUAAAAUCACAUAUGAUAUCAACAAAGAAGAUAUAACAUUGCAAAUUUUAAUACCACCAACAAUUAAUUGUGUAGUUGAAUUACAAUUCAUGAUAAUCAACAUCAAUGAAUAGAUCUGAAGUCAGGAUACGCUCUUCCAUGGUCUUCCGGUUUAGCGAAAAGAUAAUACGUACUGAGGAGUGAAUGGAUUCAUAUUGUUAUACCAUUGGGCUUCGUGCCCUCUUUUUUCUUUUAUUUUUUAUUUCAAUUACCUCUCAAAUGACUUUGGCAUCUUACAAUAUUGGAGUAGGACGAGCGGAUGUUACUGGGCCGGUUGCAGAAAUUGUCUUUAUGGGAUAUGCAAAAAUUGAUCAAAAAGGAGAGGGUCUUCAUCUACGUACUUAUGCAAGAAGUUUCAUUAUUGAUGAUGGCAAUGAAAGAUUCGUUUUUGUCAGUGUAGAAAGUGCAAUGAUCGGUCAUGAUGUUCGUGCUGCUGUAAUUCGUAGGCUUCGAGAUAAAUUUGGAAAUUUAUAUACUGAAGAAAAUGUCAUGAUAAGCGCAACACAUACUCACUCGAGCCCUGGAGGAUAUAAUUUAUAUAUGCUCUUUGAUCUCACAACUUUUGGGUUCAUCAAACAAAGUUUUACAGCUCUAAUCAAUGGAAUCACGACGAGUAUAGAACGAGCUCACGAUUCAAUUGUGCCUGGAAAACUUUUUAUCGAUCAUGGGGAAGUUUUAGAUGCUAACAUAAAUCGAAGUCCAAUGGCAUAUUUAAAUAAUCCUCAAUCUGAAAGAAACAAAUAUAAAUAUGAUGUUGACAAAAAUAUGACCCAAUUACAAUUUAUUGCUGCAGACGGUCGACCUUUAGGUAUUAUUAAUUGGUUUGCUGUACAUCCUACAAGUAUGAACAAUACAAAUAAACUCGUGUCUAGUGAUAAUGUUGGGUACGCUGCAGUAUUAUUCGAAAAAAUGAUGAAUAAAGAUGCAUUAGUAGGUCAGGGUGAAUUUGUAGCUGCGUUUGCCUCUAGUAACCUUGGUGAUGUUUCUCCCAACACUCGUGGACCUAAAUGCGAAUUUUCCGGCAACGAAUGUUCAGCUCAAUACACAUGUCCUGGGAAAAACGAGAUGUGCUUUGCGUCAGGUCCAGGGAAAGAUAUGUUUGAAAGUACUAGAAUUAUCGCCCACAAGUUAUUUAACGAAUCAACGAAUAUUUGGAACAAAAAAAAUGCUGUAGAAUUAAAAGGACCAGUUCGAAUUGUUCAUCGUUUUGUGAAAAUGCCAGGUCAAAAAGCGGAAUUUUUCAAUCAAUCGACGAAUAAUAAUGAAGAGGUGGAGACCUGUUUACCAGCUAUGGGAUAUAGUUUUGCAGCUGGUACCACUGAUGGGCCUGGGUCAUUUGCUUUUGAACAAGGUACAAAAACAUCAAAUCCGAUGUGGAACGCAGUGAGGAACUUUGUUGCGGCUCCCACAGAUGAAGAUAUCAAAUGCCAUGGGGCUAAACCGAUACUUUUAGCCACAGGGCGGAUGCGAUUACCAUAUCUGUGGCAGCCAAAAAUAGUCUCGACUCAUUUGGCGAUGGUUGGUGACUUGGUGAUAGCUGGUGUACCUGGCGAAUUCACAACCAUGUCUGGUAGAAGAACACGGGAAAUGAUUGCAUCUGUGGUUGAAGAGAAUACUAAGAUACAACCAGUAGUUGUCAUCGCUGGACUCUGCAACACGUACAGCGAUUACAUCACAACUCCUGAGGAGUAUGAAAUACAAAGAUAUGAAGGAGCAUCUACAAUAUAUGGACCGCAUACACUCACUGUUUAUUUGAAACAGUAUAGAGAGCUAGCAGCAGCUGCCACUCAAGGUAUAAAAUUGGAACCAGGACCAAGUCCGCCCGAUCUUACUCUUGAGAGAUUAAUAAGCUUACAAACUUCUGUGAUUUAUGAUACGCCAAAAUGGGGAAAAGAUUUUGGAGAUUGUAUUCAUCAAUCGGAGAAAAUUGUUUGGCCAGGCGAUACUGUCUCUGUGACUUUUGUGGCUGGACAUCCCAGAAAUAAUUUAAUGACCGGUAGAAGUUUCCUAUCUGUCGAAAAACUCGAAAAUGAUACUUGGAUUGAAAUUGCUACUGAUGCAGACUGGGAAACAAGAUUUCAUUGGGUUCGAACGUCGGUAAUUUUGGGAACUAGUGAAGUGGAAAUCAAGUGGGAAAUUCCAUUAAAUGCAGAACCAGGAAAAUAUCGGAUUGGACAUUUCGGAUCUUACCGCUAUAUAUUUGGUGGCAUAUAUCCUUACCAAGGACAUAGCAAUAUAUUCGAAGUGAAAACUCAAGAGAGUGUGAAAAGCCAUAACCCACACGUAGAUUCUGCGCAAAUAUGGAUGUAAAAUAAAUAGAUAUGGUAGAAUAUAGAACAGUAGUAUUAGAUAAUCGAUAAAUUAUUAAUGGAUCGAUGGUUUCCGAAUUUUUAAACAAGAAAAUUUUGUGCCAUAUAUAAGCUAAGAUUAUUUUUUAAAUAAAAAAAUCGAUUAAUUAAAGUGAUAAAAAUUUUUUAUGCAUUGUAAAGACCUUGAAAUGAUAAAUUUGAGAAUUUCAAGUAUUAUGUUUGCAUUUUCAAUGAAUAUUCACGGUAGAAAAAACAACAAUUGCUUGGUAAUCUUACGAUUGAAGAGAAGACCUUACGAAACAAAUGUCGAUCGUUACUUUUCACAUUCACACGGUUUCACUCGUCAUUAAUAUAAAAAGAAAUAAAACACACAGAUGUUAAUUCACCACAGUAAUCAGUUUUCUGUGAUGGGAACUAAAUCUGAAAUUACUUACAUGUAUUUGAUAUUUACCUAAUUUCAUAUUCUCAUGAAAAAUUAAAACAAACAUAGAAAAAAAAUAGAGAUGUCUAACAAACAUAAUAUUUGUAGUACCGAAAAAAUGAAUUUUUCAUCAUUAUGGGAGACAGUUAGAGAAAAUAAGUAAAA